UCCGGUGGAUCUCUCCGAUCAGCUGAUGAGUAAAUUCCCCUGUUGUAAAAUAAGUGUUUGUCAGUGUGACAGUGACAGUCUCCACAAAUAAUAACAAAAAAACAUUCCACGAAUUUAAUAGCAUCUUAAAAUCCGUUAACAGUUUGCAAUUAUCCAUAAAUAUGUUAAUUAAUUUCUGUCAGGAAUUUCUAAAGACAACAGUGACGUGCGACACAAUCAGUACAGAGUGUUACGAGGUGGAAAAUUUAUUGAAAAACAAUAGCAGAGGUUUUCUAGCUUAUUCCUGCAUUAAACCCCCGAUUAAUAUCGACUUUAUCUUUAAUUGUCGGAUUAAAAUAAAUCGGAUAGUCAUUUGGCCGAGGAUUGGAGCGCAGAAGUCAUCGGGAUUUCGAGUUUCUGUGAAAAGUGAUCGUCAGGAUAAUUUCACGAUUGUUUCCAGUUGUUUCCUGAAGGACAAUGAGGCUGGAGCUGUUUUCUGGAGGUCUGAAGGAGAAAAAGGGCCUGCAAAUUUCUCAUCUGCUUUUAUUGGAGGGAAUCCAUUGCUCCUGGAGAAAAUCAAGACCUUGAGACUUUCCAUUGUAAAAACAGAAAAGUCUGUUCCGGCUGUUGAUAGAAUUGAGAUCUGGGGAUUUGUGUCGAGGUGGAAUCGUCAGGAUAUCCUGGGGGAGAUGGGGGAAUUGAUCCUCAAACCCUUGAAGGAUAGACUCAGGACUCUGGAGGACGAAAAAACCUCACGGAAUGGUUCACAGGCUUUGAAUGAACCAGACGAGCAGAUGAUGGCACCCGAUAUCCCGGACAUUCCCGAUUCAUAUCUGGAUCCAAUUACCUGGAAUAUAAUGCAGCAGCCUGUGGUCUUACCCUCCGGUAAAGUGAUAGACCAAAGUACUUUAGAAAAAUACGCAGAGAGUCAAGGACUCUGGGGAAGAGCUCUCAGCGAUCCAUUCACUGGUGUUCCAUUCACUGAAACUCAACGCCCCGUUUUCGCCUCAGCGUUGAAAGCUAAAAUCGACAAGUUUCUAUCAGAGAACAGUAAUUUACGUGAAAUUAAAUCCAUGCCUCGACUCCUAGGCAGCAAUUCCGUAAAAAUCAAGAAUGACUUCCUAGAUCUAACUACAAUAACCGCCAGCACGAGUUCAACGUGUGUCUCACACGACUCAACUCAUAACAAUCGAAAAAAUAAACUGCCAAUCGUCUCAGUAAUUAAACAAAAUUCCUAUAGACGUAAAAUUCCUGCGGUUGCUCAUUAUUCACGAGAAAAUAAUUCACUGGAAGAUAAAAAUAGUGUAAUUGAUUCAAAUAAUUCAGGGAAAAAUUCGGGUAUCGACGAUAAUUUAGAGAGCGAUUUAAAACUCGUGAUGUCAAGUUUGAAACGUUUUAAUGGAGAUAAAAAAUCCAUGGAGCCUACCGAAGGUUCAAUGACCGCCUGCUCUUGCUGUGAAUUAUCCAAUUACUAUUACAAAUUCCCCUGCAAUCAUUUUAUCUGUCGGAAAGCCGUAAUUUCAGGGAAUAGAAAUAAUUUAAAAUGUCACGACUGUGGGGUCUUCUACAUGUCGAGUCAAAUCGAGAGAAUCUACAGAUAAACAAUGAAAAUCGAAAACAAUGUACAAUAACUAAAUAAAAUCUAUAUAAAUAAUUGAGCCACUGAAAUUAAU